AUGCCUAAAAUUCUUAGUUUUCUUCUUUGUCUCUCUUUCACUAUAACUUCCUUUGUCAUUUGUAUAGAUGAGAAAGAAAAAGUCUUAAAAAUUAGUACUGAUGCAGCCACCCCAACUGGCAGUGACUUCACUUAUAUAUGUGAUCCUGCCAGAUAUGCCAAACUCAAACUGGACAUGAAAAGUUUCGCCUUUUGUGACUCGAAGCUUCCCUACAAUGUUAGGGCCAAAGAUUUGGUGGAUCAAAUGACACUAGCUGAAAAGAUAGCACAGCUAGGAAAUAAUGCUGAUGGAGUGGCUAGAUUAGGGCUGCCAAAGUACGAGUGGUGGUCUGAGGCGUUGCAUGGUCUGUCCAAUGUUGGUCCAGGAACCGUCUUUGAUAAUCUAGUUCCUCAUGCAACCAGCUUUCCCACUGUCAUACUCACAGCAGCUUCAUUCAACGAGAAACGCUGGAGAGAAAUUGGUCAGGUUGUUUCAACAGAAGCACGAGCAAUGUACAAUCUUGGGCGAUCUGGAUUAACAUUUUGGAGCCCAACCAUCAACGUUGCAAGAGAUCCUAGAUGGGGAAGAAUCACUGAGACACCUGGUGAAGAUCCUUUCAUUGUUGGCACAUAUGCGUCUAAUUACGUGAGAGGUUUACAAGAUGUUGCAGGGACAGAGCACUAUAAAGAUUUGAAUACUAGACCACUCAAAGUUGCCGCAUGUUGCAAGCACUUUGCUGCAUAUGACGUUGACAAUUGGCAUGGAGUUGAUCGCUACCAUUUUGAUGCUAGGGUGACAGAGCAAGAUUUGGAAGAGUCAUUCCUGCGGCCAUUUGAAAUGUGUGUUAAAGAUGGUGAUGCUAGCAGUGUUAUGUGUUCUUAUAACCGUGUUAAUGGAAUACCAUCUUGUGCUGAUCCAAAGCUUUUGAGAGAGACCCUUAGACAAGAAUGGAAUCUUCAUGGCUAUAUAGUUGCUGAUUGUGAUUCCGUCGAAGUAAUGGUAACGGGUCACAAAUUUCUUAACGACUCAAAUGAGGACGCCGUUGCACAAACACUAAAAGCAGGUUAA